UCUCAAUCAACUAUAUGUACUAUCAGCUCCGUCAGCGGCUGCGAUCACAAUAAUCGAACGUGUAAAUCCAAUCGUGUAUCACUAGAACAACCAGAUUCCGUUCCGGUUGAAGUCAGCCACAGUCUGUAAGAUGGAAGCCAUCCUCGCCGCCCACGAAGCUCUGGAGUCCAAGUCCAACCUAUCGAAAGCGCUCAGCGACGUGGAUGCGCUCAUAUCGAUGCUACAGACGGCACGCGAUGAUGUUUCGAAUGGCUCGGACAAGCCAGUACUGCAUAUCGCGAAGCUGAAGAACCCACUAAAGCAGUCCUUUGACCGGAUCGAGGAUGAUCUGAAGGAAGUCAACAAGGGCCUCAACCAGUAUCAGAAGGCGCUGAAAGACAAGUUCAAGAGCUCAACAUUGCCAACGGCUGGGGUAGGCGGCGAGAGUGGGCUGGGUAGUGCGGAGCAGAAAGGGCUCGUAGAGCGAGCGAUCGCCAUGCAUUUGCUCAGAGAAGGCAAAUUCGAUGUAGCGAGCACCUUCGUCAAGGAGAUAAAUGCCGCUUCGGCCAACGAGACCUAUCGUGAGGAGGACGACAUGCAAGACCUGGCAAAAGGCCACUUGCAGAAGAAAUUCGCCGACAUGUACCACAUUCUUGACGCUCUCCGCAACCAACAUAACCUCACGCCCGCCAUCGAGUGGGCGCGCAAUCACAGCGCCGAACUCGAAAACCGCGGCUCGAACCUCGAAUUCGAACUCAGCCGUCUCCGCUUUGUGGAACUAUACACCUCCGCAACGUCUCAGGGCUCGUUCUCCGGCCCCCUGCAAGCUCUCGACUAUGCCCGCACCACCUUCCCAAGCUUCAGCAACCGCUACAUGCGAGAGACUUCUGCUCUGCUUGGCUCUCUCGCUUUCUCCCCCGAUCUCGGCUCGUCACCGUACAAAACGCUCUUCCUCAACAGCACAGCGUGGGAGGACGUCAGUGCCUCCUUCUCAUCGACAUACCUAACCACCCUCUCUCUUCCGUCUCGCUCACCCCUCCAUACCGCAUGCACAGCCGGCACCAUUGCACUACCAACUUUACUCAAAGUCGAACGCAUAAUUGCGGAGAGGCACGGGCAAUGGACGAGCGUGAAUGAGUUGCCGGUGGAGACCCCAUUGCCAUCCGGCUACCUUUUCCACUCCAUCUUCGUUUGUCCGGUGAGUAAGGAGCAGACGACCGAUGUGAAUCCGCCCAUGAUGCUGCCGUGUGGGCACGUUAUAGCGAAGGAAAGCUUGGAGGGUCAUGCGAGGGGGAAGCAUAGGGUGAAAUGUCCUUAUUGUCCGUUGGAAGCAAGGACGACGGAGGCGAAGAGGGUGUUUAUCUGA